AUGGAUUCUUCUUCGAAAUCCCGGCGUUCUGACGUGCCGGAACACCACUUCGUCCGCGCCGACGAGAUUGACCAGACGGGAACUGAUAUCUCCACGUUUCCCGAUGAGCAGCUAAUGCCAGAACUAGUAGAGGGCUUUAAGGCUGAAAAAGCCUGCAAGAUUGAUCGCGAUGACUUUCCCGGGAUUCUCCAACGCCAUGGACGAGAACCAGUGCGUCCGGAGUUGCGUGCUCCACCACCACCUCUGAAGCCACCACCCCCAGCGCCCGUGCCGCAAAACCAGUCUCCAACAGAUUCCUUGAGUUUGGCACAACUACGGAAAUUUGUACAUGAAAUGCCAAAGUCCGAACAACCAGCUUAUGCUUUUGAGUACGCCGACUGUCAGCCAUUUCCGGAGGAAGUGGAUGAGUGGUUUCAAUACAACGAACCAGAUCGUCUUAUGCUUCUGGGAUCCAAGGCUUCAUUUGACCAGAACUGGUCUGAAUUUUGUCAAAAUCUCCCGAACCCACCGACCUCUGAGGUUUCGUGGAUUGAUGCUAGCGACGAGAUGCGCGUGAAUUUUAUUUCGCGUACGGUUGAAUCUCUCGAUAAUUCAGAUUUGUUCGCCCGAAUUGAAACCCUCGAGGUGAUAUGCUAUAUUAUUACAGGGACUUGGGCCGUCACUGCGGGCAAGGUUUCCGAAGAUCAUCCGGAGGGAUUUUCUAAGUUUGAGUCAGCGGAAGAGUUUCCGAAAUCAAAAUCAAUGCAGAUCAAAUGGAUGGUAAACAAUGUUUUGCUUGUGCAGCAAUGCGGCGGAAUUCCCAUAUUGUUUGAGGCUAUGAAACAUAUUUUUGAGAAGGACCAACCGAUAACAGGAACGGAUAUGAAGUUUUUCGAAACGGAGAAUGGAACAGCCGCAUAUUACGCUGCCCGGGAGCGUGAGGCUAAUUUAAUUCUCACUGCUAUGUAUCUUGUGGUAGAGGUUGCACGUAAACAGGAAGAAUCCAACCAAGAUCAACUGGGCCUGAAAAAAGAUAUCGCUGCUUUAAGGCCGAAUAUUCUUGUUUUUCUGGUUGAAAUUAUUGCUCGGUUGCGCUGGGAGGAAGCCACCAUGAUUCCGCUGACCAGGGUUACCCUUCUAUUAUGGAAAUGUCUGUUACUGCUAUUUGGAGGAUCCGACAGCCUGGCGAAGGUCAAAGCUGAUCUCGAGCCCAAAUACGAUGCCCAGGAAGCCGCGUCGAAGUCUUCUAAUCUUCCGGUUCUUACCGCUUCCCCGCUCGACUAUCACAUCUUUCGACAGGAAAUUACUUCGAAAUAUCCCGCUUACAAUCCCCCGCCUCCCCUGGUACCAUUUGAGUUGGAGAACAAUUCAGUGCUUCCUCCAUUACCAAGCCACUCUAGCAGAUACAGUUCAACCUCAAACUUAUUUUCGGGCAUUGGACCAUCAUCAACAAGUGGAAAUGGAUCGAUUCUUCACCAAUCUGUGCACAUUGCGACCCCUGCGCCGUCUCCCCCGCCUUCGCCAAUGGGACCAGGUGGCAAAGGGGGCAAAAAGCAAAACUAUCAAACAAACCAACACUUCCCAUUUAUGUAUCCGCCCCUCGAUCAAACGAGUAAUGAUAUUGGCGGUAAGGGGAGCAGUGAAUUUCAAGAUAGAGUGGUGGGUAAGAAGUGGGAGGGUAGCGAUGUCCCUGCCUCUAUUAUCGAAGCUGGAGAGCUGUUUUCUAGUCGAAUGAAGAUGACGAGAGCAAUGCGUCAGCUAUGGGAGGAGCGAGAGAGGUUUUUGAAAUAUGAUAGAGGAUGGGAGGCAACGGAAUUUGAUGAAAAGCGGCAGCCUGAUUUGCUGGACGAUGUUGAAUUGGACUCUGAAGCUACGAAGCUACGAAACAAGAAACCCCACGGCGUCCAACAUGUAAAAGAAUCCGACGAUCCAUACGUCCAGGAACGUCUAGAUGCGGUUGAAGACUUUUAUAGCCAGGCUUUUCCACAUCUACAGUCUAUCGUCAUAGUUCUUUUGAAAGAAAUUUUAAUCAAUAUCACGGAGUCUGCCUCAUUGCAGACCAAGGCAAACGGACAAAAUGGCUUCCGACAAGGCCAACCUAGAAACUCUGCCUUUGAUGAUGAGGCGGCACCUAAUACAGGUUCUCAAGAUAUUGAGCGGGAAGACGAUAAAGUGGACGCCGAAGAGCUAGAUGCCAUCAGGCUCCGAGAAAUAACUUCGAGUGCUAUCUCAGGAUGUCUUCUACUGAUGCUGAAGUUUUUCAAACGAUCACACAUACUGAAAUUCGAAUACAUGACACAACUGCUUCUUGAUUCAAAUUACCUUCCCCUCAUAUUGAAGAUGUUUAUACACCAAGAAGUGGAUAAAGCUGUUGCCCAAAAGAAUGAUCGAGAGGAUUUGAGUUUCUUCCGCUUUUGCCACGUCCACUCUAAUAACCCCCCAGAGAUCGCACCCUCCCCUGAACCUUUGGACCUGGACAGCGAGGAGGAUGCAGUCCCCCCUCCAAUCCUUCGGAAUAAAACCUCCCAUCCAUCGGCACCUGGUAACUCCUCCCGCCCACAAUCACCAGACAAACCACAAUCCAUCCCUAUGAACAGGUCUCCUCUUCUUCCUGAAGUCGACGAGUUAGGUUAUGCCAACGCUCCCGCCACCAAUGGACCGGUCACUACCUACUCUUUUCGAAACUUCUUCUCCUCCAUAAACUUCCUCCACAUAAUGCAGAAAAUCACUCGAGACAAAGCGCACAGAUGCCUUCUGCUUGUCCAAUACAAAUCAAGCAAUAUCCUCCGCAAGGGGAUCAAGGUCCCCGAUCCGCAUCUCCGACUCUACACUCUCAAGCUAGUGAAAUCGCAAGUCCCCUACUGCGGACGAAAAUGGCGGCAGAGCCACAUGCGUGUUAUCACUGCCAUUUAUCUGUACUGUCGCCCAGAACUACGCGAUGACUGGUUGGCUGGCAGCGAUGUGGAUGCUGAAGUUGAGGAAUCUCUACCUAUGGAGCAGACAUUGCGAGGACUCACACACUGGUGGCAUCUGCGCAAAUAUAAAGAUAAAAUGGCUUUUGAGGAUACGAAUACAAUGAUGGAAGAGGAGCGGGAUUUCUUUGUUCGUGAGCUAGAGAAUAUGGGCUGGGGGAUGUCAGGGGAUGAGAUGGUAAAUGCAGCUAGCGAGGAGGGUGAGCCAAUAUCGGACAUUAAUGGUGGAGAAUGGGCGGAGCCUGGGAUGAUUGCACCAGAGGGUUGGUGA